AAAACCAGUAAAGCUGUCGCUGGUUAGAAAAAAAAAGUUUGUGAAAGUGGCCUGACGUCACACUCCCAUAAUGCUUACCGCCCCAUAACUCCGCUGCAGCCUGAGGAGAGCCAGACACACUCUCAGGCCCCGAAUAUAGAAAAAUUAUUGGGAAAAAUCGGAAAAAAUAUCCAAGCAACAGAUCGGGAGGAGAAAAGAGCGUGGAGCGGUGGCGUGGGCUCUCCCACAGCGGGUUUUUGGUCCGGUCCGGGAUGGGAGGCUACCGGGAGUCCUUGUGAAAUUGACUAAUGCGAUGCUGGAAACUUUCUGCACAGUAAAGAUGCGAAGCAGUAUUUCCCACUCACCACCAACCAUAGCUGUUGGGACUGGGUGAGCACCAGAGUGAAGGAGAGGAGCAUCUAAAGAAGAGGCAAGAAAGAUUUUCACUAACAGAUUUUGGUUUACCUCGAUGUUUCCUGUGGCUCAUUGGCUCUUUCUGUGAUCAGAUCUGUGUUGUCUUCUUUUUCAACAACCCCUGACCUGCAACUUCCCAAGUUGAGCCUGGGAGGCAGGGGAGCUACAAGUGAAUUUUCAUGGCAGCGGCACUCUAGGGCUGCCAUGGCAGCUGCUGCCGCCGAUGCCUCACACCGUAUUACCGCACUGACGCCGGAGGAAGAGGGACGACGGACUGCUGCCAAGCUGUUUGGGAGCGCCGCCCCACUGCCCCUGACAGAAAGAGAGAGAGAGCGAGACAGGGAGAAAGAGAGAAAGAGGGAGGAAGGAGGAGAAGAGGUGGGGAGAGCAAGUGGGAACGAGUGUUUGGUGUGUGGGGCUCUGUUCACCUCACCAGAGAAGCUCCGGCUCCACGCCUUGAGUCACACAGGAGAGAAACCCUUCCACUGCUCACAUCCACACUGUCCCAAGGCCUUCAGCUCCAAAUACAAACUCUUCAGGCAUAUGGCCACACACUCUCCGCAGAAGACCCACCAGUGCUCAUUCUGUGAGAAAAUGUUCCACCGCAAAGACCACCUGAAGAACCACCUGCAGACCCAUGACCCCAACAAAGAGGCCUUCAAGUGUGAGGAAUGUGGGAAGCACUACAACACCAAGCUGGGAUACAAGCGCCAUGUGGCCAUGCACUCCGCCACGGCGGGGGAUCUCACCUGUAAAGUGUGCAUGCAGAGUUACGAGAGCACACCUGUUCUCCUGGAGCACCUUAAGAGCCACUCUGGGAAGUCCUCAGCCGGUACUAAGGAGAAAAAACACCCAUGUGACCACUGUGACCGGCGUUUCUACACACGGAAGGAUGUGAGAAGACAUAUGGUGGUCCACACAGGCCGAAAGGACUUCCUAUGCCAGUACUGUGCCCAGCGUUUUGGCAGGAAGGACCAUCUGACGCGCCAUGUGAAGAAGAGCCACUCGCAGGAGCUGCUGAAGAUUAAGACAGAGCCUCCCGAUAUGCUAGGUCUCUUAGCUACGGGCUCUCCGCCCUGCUCAGUGAAGGAGGAGCUCAGCCCCAUGAUGUGCGGCAUGGGGCCCAACAAAGACCCCAUGAUGGGUAAACCGUUCCCUAGUGGGGCACCUUUUCCAAUGGGCAUGUACAACCCCCACCAUCUCCAGGCCAUGUCAAAUUCUGGGGUGGGUCACCCACACCCAUCUCUGAUGCCAAGCUCCUUGUCUGCCGCUAUGGGCAUGGGUUGUCAUAUGGAAUCUCCUGCAUCUCUUCACCCACACUCCCAUCAUCAUCACCAUCACCACCACCAUCACCAUCACCACCAUUCCCCUCCACUGCCCCCCCACCAUCAACCUCCGGCUCCCCAGCAGCAGCACCAGCCCCAGCCAGCGCCCAAGUACCAGCUGGGAUCUACCUCAUACCUGCUGGACAAGCCCUUGAAAGUGGAGAUGGAGAGCUUCCUCAUGGAUCUGCAGAGUGGCUUGCCAGGCCCAGUUCCCUCUGCAGAGCCCCACGCUGCUGCUUCACCCCCCAAGGAUGGACUGGAGCCCGCCACGGGCCUGGCGGAUGAGCUCUGCGGGGAUCCCCUUCUGUCUAAGAGCCCUGCAGUGAUCGCUGAGUCUCUGUGUGCUGCUAACAUGGACUUCUCCCACCUGCUGGGUUUCCUGCCCAUCAACCUGCCUCCCUACAGUGCCCCCAUGAGCACUGGAGGGCUAGUCAUGGGUUACACCUCAUCUGCGACCUCCUCAACUUCCUCUUCUUCCUCUUCAUCGUCUCUGCACACUGCUGAGCCCCAUGCUGCAGCAGUUGCAGCGGCAGCAGCCGCUGCUGUCGCCACAGCACCUCUUACCUCUUUGCAACCGCAACCUCAGGAGCAGCAGAGCUCCAGCGGGAGUCUGGGUCUUGGAUCUCUGCACCCCCUCCCACCAGUGUUCAGCUCCAGCCUUAGCACCACCACAUUGCCUCGCUUCCACCAGGCCUUCCAGUGAGAGUGCCGGCACCUUGCGUCUUGCCCAGCAGGAACGGCCUUCGCACCAGCCUCAGCUCAGCACAGAUGUUUCGGGCUAAUCAGAAAGUUGGAAAAUUAAAAUGAAAGAACAUUUAGAAGCCUUAAAUGAAAGUGCGCACAAAAGCUUUUGAUUGAGCCUUAAAAGGAAUUUAAACCCCUUUAAGCAAAAAGGAAAAAGUUGAAGCAGCUUUUAUUUUGGGCUUUUUUUCCCUUAUCCUGUAGUUAUACCAUGUAUUAACCCUUGUUUUUUUGGGUUUUUUUCUUCAUUUUUUCCAUUUUCAUUAAUUUUUAUCCCCCCUUUUUAUCACCCCUUUUUAGUGUUAUAGAAGGCAGAAUCAGUGGGCCAAAAGGCAUGGUACUGCAUACUUUCUAAAGUAAUACUAUAAAAAAAAAAAUCAAAGAUAACUUUUAGAUUAUCUGUUUUGUUGUGACCCAGAAAAAAUAUAGUUUGAAGUGGAUAUUUUGUUUUACUUAUUUUUCUUUACCAAAUGUAAGAACAUGGUAGAAUGCGUCUCAUCUUGAGUUUUUGAAACACCCGUGCUUAUAUAUAUUAUAGCUUCAACUGUCAGGACUGAUAUGGAGAGAAGAGAGACCCCUGAAAGGAAAACGCAUAAACUUUAUGUUCUGUUCAGAGAUGGCUUACACAGAACCAUAAAAGUGACCUGGCCUCUAUAAUAAAAAAGAAAAAAAGUGCUCUUCCAACAUAAAAAACAACAAAAAAACUAAAUAGAAAAACCCCACAAAAAAUCCAUAACAAAACGAAAAAAAUAACAAACUGAUGUGCUCUUAGAGUCAGCUCAGUUAAAAACAGACUCUAAUCAUAGAUAAGAGAUCUGUUGGCUGCCAAACACACAUUUUUAAAGAAAAGCUAAGAAAGAGAAAGAAAUGUGUGACACAUGUUGGCUUCAUUUUUUUUUAUGUGUUUCUCAAGAGAAGCACUUUUUUUUUUCUUAGCAGAAGGCACUUCACCUUUUGUCUCCUCCCUCCUUGUGACUAGAGGUUUUCACUGAGACAGAGAGCUCCUCGCUAGACUAGAGGAGGGCCGUCUUUCACUUAUCUUCCUUUACAAGUUUCCCUGAUAGUGAUAUAGUUGUUUGCAGCUUUUCCUAGCUGUGCCGCAUAUCUCUGAAAAAUAUCUCUAUUUUCUGAAUAUACUGCAACCACAUCUUUAGGCGGUCUUUUAAAAAGAUGCAUCAUCUUGGUAAUGAUGAACCCUGACAUAUGUGAAUGACAAAAAAAAAGAGCAAAAGAGUUACAGUGACAGAUGAGGAAAAAUGUGUUGAAGAAUGUUAUUGCAGUGUACGAAAUAUCUCAAAAAUUAUUAUAAUGGCUUUUAUCUCAGUAAGGUGUAUUUUUGGUAGACGUAUUACAACUAAAUGAUGAUGUUUUUGAUGUCUGGCAAGUUUACAUGUGUGUGUAUCUUACAGUUUUGAUCAAACAAAUGGAUGAAGUAUUAGCCUUUUCCCUUAAGCUUUCUCUGUCAUAUCCAGUCUUUACCUUUACAUGUACUUGAGUUAGUUUAGAGGAAUCAAAACUAUGGAUGGGAAAUAUAUAUAGAACGCUGUUAGUAAUUUAGUAACAACCUAGGAUUUGAACAAUUUAGGGAUGCUGAUAUUGAAGACCUAUGAAGCUACGUGUAUAUAGUAGAAUAUAUACUCACCGGCAACUCAAAUUACAUACACCUUGCUGGCAUUGGGUUGGACCCCCCUUUGUCUUCAGAACUGCCUUAAUUCGUUGCACAGACGCCGCCAGGUACUGGAAACAUUUCUCAGAGAUUUUUGGCAUGACAUUGUUGUAAACUUGCUGCAGAUUGGUUGUCUGCACAUCCACGAACCUCCCAUUCCAAAACAUCCCAAAGGUGCUUUGUGACAUGACACAUUAUCCUGGUGAAAGCAGCCUUUGGAAGAUGGACUUGUUAAGAGAUGCUCUUCUGCAUACCUUGAUUGUAACAAGUGGAAGAAUUCACCUUUCUUCCCCAUUCUGAUGCUUGGUUUGAUAGACUGUUUUGACCAUGCCUAUGUGCCUGAAUGCACAAGUUUCUGAUUGGCUGAUUAGAUAUUUGUGUUAACAAGCAGAUGUAUCUGAGAAACUAGCCGGUGAGUGUGUAUCUCACUGUAUACAUACAUUUAUAAUGGGGUGUAACAACUCUGUGACCAAGACCAAAAUUGCAAUACAAAUAUCAGUAUUGCAUCUUGGCUCAGUCUUCCCAUGCUGUGAUACCCAUGAGGAGCUGUUAAUGCCUAGUUAAAGCAAUGCAUAGUUACAGUAACAAAAGCUGUAAUGUUUUAAAGGUUGUUUAGAAUAAUAGAAUGAAAUCUUUGUUCAUGAUCCAAUCAUGAUAAAGUUAAUAGGCCUGUGUUAAAAAAUGUUUUCUUUUUGUUUUUCAUCCCCUGAAAAAAGGAACUGAGGCCAAAAAACUGACGUUUGAACUAAUCUGUGGUCUCAAAGAAUUGUUACACCCCUAGCAAAACUGCUCUGCUGUGAUAAAAUCUUCAGUCCAAGAUCAGUUAUCUUGAAUGUCUUGAAGUUCCAACCAUUCAUUACUAGUCCUUAAAAACCCAAAACCCAAAGGUCACCUAAACCUUAAAGUCAUAUAGGUGCUCAUUAUCUUUCCAUUUAAUUUAACCUGUAGUCAUUCCCUUUAAUGUAAUUAUUGUGCCUUGAUGGGUCAUGCUAACUCUGCACUCUGUCCCUCUUUUGUAAAGAUUCUAGAAAUGGUGAGAAUUUGGGAAAAGGUUUUUGCACACUUGUAGCCUAAAAAAAAUCCCUCUGAGGUCUAAGUUGACCCCAAACCUAACCCCUAACACUAACCCUAACCAGAGACAAAGAAAAAUACUUUUAAAAAAAGUUAGUGGCUUUUGAUGUAUGUCAGUUAGAAUCAACAGAAUUAAAAGUUGCAUUUUCUGAUAGCACUGAGUCAUCAGCAUUUAUUGUUUAGUCCUAGGAGGGGUGACUUACACAUGUGCAGUAAUUAAGCACAUCUAUCAUCCGUACUUACCUCAUACGUCACACAGCCACAGGAACACUAGUGUUAUUGACAUUUGAACAACAACCAUAAACUGGGAGUCAGUCAGAGUGGCCUGUUGCUAGCUAAACUUUUACAAAGACCGAAAACCACAUUACACAAUCAGAAAAACAAUUUUAAAAAAUGCCUAAUUUAAUGAUGCAAAGUUAUAUUUUGUACUUUCCAUUGUAGCAAGAGGCAGAAGUUCGUUGCUAACAUGACCCAUACAGCAAUAACGACCACAUCAAUAGGAAAUACAGGUUUAGAUCAAUUGGGAUUAUUCUUAAUCUUCUCAUCGGUGACGAUGCCCAACCUUAAUACUGAACCCUAACACUAUAUUUUGGUGAAUCUUUUUUUUUUCUUCAAAAAAUGUAAAUAGUCUUUGAUGUGUUUCAGUUAGCAUGAUUAUUUCUUUCUCCUCUUGAUUUGCAAGACUUGGCAGAACAUUUUCUUUUAAAUGUUAGAUUUCCUUUAGCAUAGGGUUAGGGUUAGGGUUAGUGUCGUCACCGGUAACAACCUCAUAAGGUUAAAUGGUCUUUCUGUGGCCUGACCAACACUGACAAAUAUGCAUGUUCAUAUCUUUGCUAGUUCAUUUUAUUGGUGAAUCUCAUUUCAGCGAAAGCGCACCUGGUAACUCUGCCUUUUUAGCAGUCACUGUGCUACAUGGGAACCCAAACACACAGAAAAAAAAGGAAAAAAACAUAGCACAUAAAAAAUGGAAAGUCAAACACA